AUGCGACUACACUGCUGGCUGCGCGUGCUCAUUGAUCUUAAGCACGGCCCUGAGGCGUGCUUUCUCGCAGCUUUCUGCAUCUCCGUCAGCGGCUGCGGCAAGGGCCACGAAGACGUUCUCCGAGGGGCGGACUGCCAGCAGGAAAGCUCUUGUGGCGGUGCUGGCGGCAACGCGACCGGCCCGGUGUACCUGGCCCGCGGCGGCCGGCCGUGGCUGCCCUCCGUGGCGCUCGCCCUGGAGGGCCAGCAGCAGCAGCAGCAGCAGCAGCAGGGCUCGUACCGGCGGCCGCGGCGCGGCGUCUUCAACCUGUACUCGAUGGUGCAGUGCGCCACCGGCUGCGACCCGCUGCGCUACAAGGGCUACGGCUGCUACUGCGGAUUCCUCGGCUCCGGAUACCCCGUAGACCCCAUCGACAAGUGCUGCAAGAUGCACGACUGGUGCUACAACGUGGCCGACUGCCCCGUCUUCCUCGAGUACUUCGUGCCCUACUACUGGCAGUGCUUCUACACGACGCCCGUCUGCGCCCUGGAGCACGGCUAUUGGGGCAGGUGCGCCCAGCGACUGUGUGACUGCGAUCGCCGGCUCGCAGAGUGCCUCAGGAACUUCCCGUGUCCACGGGGCAAGGCCGUCUGCACCUCCUCCACCUUCCGCUACCUGCAGAACGUCAUCUUGGGGUAG